AUGCAACUAUCACCAGAAUACACCUCUCCCACACCACCGACAAAUGUCCUAGCAGACUCGGAGACACCACAUCCAAGUCCCCAAUCACCAUCCGUAUCGGUAAUAAUCCACAACAAACCAAUGCCGCAAAUUCCACUACCUACCACCCAGUCCCAGUCCCAAUUCCAGUCCAAGUCCCCAGAACAAGGACAUACAUAUUUAAGCAAAAAACGACCGCGCCAAAGCUCAGCUGAAGAAGACCGCGAUACAACCCGCAAACACGGCAAAAGAUUAACAACCCGCGAAGAAGUCUCCCUCUUCGAAAUUUGCAUCCGCCACGCCCCAACAUUCGGUAAACGAAGCGACAUCUGUAACUGGUGGCGCGGUGUAGCAGAGGAAUUCACACGCGCGCAUGGGCGGCCGUAUUCCUGGCACUCGGUGCGACGGAAGGUGGAGAUUGUCACGAGGCAGCGAGUGAAGUUCCUCGAGGAUAAAGGACAGCAGGAUCCUGGAUCUGGAACUGGAUCUUUGCCGCAGAUUUCGGAGGCUUCAAUGAAUCCGGAAUGGUGUGCUGUUUUGGAUCUGUGGACUCCUACUUGGGUACGGUUCCAAGAGGCCGAGGCGAUCAGGAUCGAGAAGCGGGAUGAGAUGAUUCGGCGGAGGAGGUCGCAGGCUUCGCUGCAGCAGGGGAGGGAGGAGUCGCAUUCUGAGGGACAUGGUGUUGGUCAUGGUGGGACGGAGGAGGGUGAGACGCUUCAUGAAGAUCGAAGAGCCACGGUUGCUCCGCCGGUUGCGUAUCAGUUUCUCUCUUUACCAGCUGGUGUGAAACUUCCUCCUGGGUUUGAAUCUAUGUACUCAAACUCCUCACUACCAGCGAUACGGCCGCGAAUGCCGAACAAUCCGCCAAAUAAAGGCACAGUGAAUACGAUGGAAACGUUGCGCAAACUUAACAUGAGUCCAGAUCGACAGGCCUCGCCAGUGCUUUCGCCUCUGGUACAAGCAGCCUCCGAGUCUAGUGCCAGUCUCUCGGAUACAGAACACCGGACAAACGUGUCUGGAUCCGGAUCUCUUGAUAUCGAGCGGAUCAAGGAAGAAUUGCGUCGGGAGAUGCAAGUUGAGAUAAGAAGGGAAUUGGACCGGGACCGUGCUGUCUUCCAAGCGAAGCUGGAUUCUGUGCAAAGGACCCAGGAGAUGAUUCUUCAGAUGCUGCGACAGCAGCGGUCUUAG